CCUGUAUCUCAUUCACUAGAUGGUACUUAGUACAUAUUAUGGUGAAUUCAGGAUGAUUGGGACACUUUUUGCCAUGGAGAUGAAUUGGAAAAAGUGUCCCAAUCAACCUGAAUUCACCCUAUUUAGUGACUAAAUGGCGAGUAAUUGAAAAUCUACUAGUCGUCACUACUGAUAUUAUUAUCUAGUUACGACUGGGUUUGUAUUAGGAGCAUAAAAAUUGAUAGUAGUUAAAGAAAUAAAUGUUAAAACCUAGUCAGUGUGGUGUGAAAACAUAAUGAAUCCCAGUCAGCGAAACAGGAUCAAAUCAGUUCCAGUUGACGGGGAUUAAACUAAUGUUAUUUUAAGAAACCCUCAAUAACGCGAUUAACUAGGAUUUGCAGGUGAUCCUCUUGACACUUUCUGUCAUCAUGUGUUUGUCAUUACAGACGUGUGCAGAGACGUCGUAGCCUAAUUAUGUACGUUUACUCAUCUUUUAUAUGUCUUUUCCCGCCGUAACUAAAUAAUUUUGAUUUUGAGACGAACGUUCGUUUCAUUCUCUACACUCACCGGCCUGUUCUCUAAUUGGCUGAUGCAGGAGAAAAUGAAAAUGAUUGGUCGAAGAUUUCCCUAUGUACAGUACUAACCUACAGCACUUCACAGUGACACUGACACUGUUGAAGCACGUGAACCUGCUGAGCUAUCAUCUAACUCGUUUCUGCACUAAAGGGUGCCUAUCAAGACACUCAGUUUGCAUUUUUCAAAUUCUACUUUUAGGGGAAAUGCAGUUUCAUCAACACUUUUAAAGAACUGAAUUGAUAUCAGAGAGGAGGUUUCCAUCCUUUGCAAUGCCGAUACGUGACACGUGGCAAGAUGGCAAUGGCCUUGACACAGUGGGUGAGAUUGACAGUAAUGGCAGCUGUGACAGCGUGGUCAGCUUCAACUCAUGCUUUAGUGAUGAAAGUCUGGAGUAUCUCUCCGCUGAGGAGAGGGCUUGUCUCAUGUACCUAGAGGAGACCAUUCAGUCACUGGAUAUGGAUGACGACAGUGGCCUGUCCAAUGACGAGUCUGAUCAGCUGCCUGCUCUAGGAAAUGUGGCUAACAAAGCGGCCCACCUCUCUGGAAUCAACAAGGUCCCUAGUCAAGAUGUGCCCAAAAGUCAAUUUGAAGGUCCGUUGUCAUCUAGCAGCUUGGUGCAAAAUGAAAUUCUGAAUUAUAUGGUCCCUACUCCAUUUGUCCUUGCGCACCGUAACUCGCAAAUUCAAACCAGACCUGGGUUAGCUGCAUCCCAGAAAAAAACAGCACCUAAAGUGGCUUCAAAAAAUGCUCAGCUCCAUCAAGAAGCUCCACGAGUUCCCUCAGAGGUCAAUGUGGUUGUGAUACCACCUCCGCAUAAAGUCAAAGGCAGUAAAGAUACAGCGGAAGAACAUCAGAAUAAUGAGCGGCCAGAGAAUGUGGCGAGUCGAGGACCCCUUUCGUAUGAGGCUCUGGUGCAUGUGAGCAAGAGUGCAUCGAUGCGGAAAACCAAUGCAACUGAAGCCAAAACCCAAGAACAGCAGGUUUCUACAAAUAAUGAUCUUGUGGGAAACAACACUGGAUCCCAAGCUCUUACCCAGAACUCACAGGCUGUGACCAGUAUGGGCUCCAAGCCCACUCCUCCACCUGUGGCCCCUAAACCUAAAAUGAAAACACCACACAAAGUCCCAGUGAACCAGGAAGGAGCCUCCAACCCUAAGAUUGACUCGACCAUGCCUCACUCUGGGGUAUUGACUGUAGAUAAAUUAAUGAAGCCAGAGAAAGUAAGAGUGGAGGCUCUUUGCAAGUUGGGUCUCCUCAAGGAGGAUACACAGAACCCAGUCUGUCAACAAGUAAAGCAUUCUCAAUCCCCAGCAAACUUGGAGCAAAACCAGAUCACAAGUCAACGUCUUGCUCCAAGUAUCCCUGCAAGAUCUGGAGGACAAAUAAACCAGCCAAUACAAAGUUGCAAUUCUAUCCACCAGAGGUCCGUGAGCAAUCUUUCCACAGCUUCUUCAUCACCGCAACAUGCCGAUAUGACUUUAACCGGGAAAUCUGCCACACUGGAACUCACUGGGAUGGGACUGUCAGGUUCUAACAACACAGUUAUAAAUGCAGUUUCUCAGAACCAAAAGUCGUGUUCUUCUGCAGCAGGGACCAAGAACCACAGUAAAGACUUUCAAAUGGAUGCUAAUGAAUCGACACCCAGAAAAGUGGCGUUACAUGUAACAUCAUCUCAAUCCAAAGGCUUCAACGUGCCAGUUCCCAGCAUCGGAAGGGAUCGGAGAGAGGCAUUACGAAAGCUAGGAUUGCUGAAAAACUGAGAUUUGUCGACUGUAUGCUCUGCGGUUUUUAAAGACAGCUUAAAACGGAAGUUUGCGAUAGUCUUUUCUUCUUUAUUGUGAGUGAAACUGCUUCUCAAACAAGAAUAAAUGUUGGGCAGGAUUUGAUUUUGUCCAUUGAGAAUUGAUUAGAUCUUUGUGGUUUGCUAUUGCGAUCUCAUGUGUGACAGGUGCUUUCAAAACAUUGAUCUGUUUGUUUGAACAUUCCGGCCAACAAAGCAACAUCAGCUCAACAAAUUUCGUGAGUUUUGGCGUUUGACAGACCAAUGGUCAUUAUUUUUGAAAUUCCGUUUGGUAGCACUAGUGGCGCAGAAAUUGCACUCUUCACUUUUUAGCAAUUCAAAGUAAAACAGUGUGGUACUUUACUUUUAGUUGAUUAUUUACUGAAUCUAAAUAGUGACGAAAGGUGCGGUCAUGUUAGCGAAAUUUCGGUGAGAUCUCGUGGGCAAAAAAGGUCUAUUGCUAAUAGUGUUCAAUGUAUGAAGCACAGAAGAAAGAAGUCACUUCCAAACCAAGCAGCUUUCUUUUGGUGAACUCGGCGAACUUGAACACAAGCGAAAUCUGUGUGGGGAACUUUUUCACCAACUCCCAAUCGCAUGGAUUCUUAUUGAAAUAAUUAAAUUUCGCCUGCGAAAUUUUGCAGAGCAAUGGUAAAUGUGAUCGCACCUUUACACCCAGAUGCCUUUGCUUAUUCAGCAUUGAAGAUUAAGAUGAAACAGUAUGUUUACUUUUCCAGGUGAAAUUAAGUAUAUUUAAUUUUGAACUGGCUGUAAGUAGAUUAGCCUUGAAUUACUCUUUGAUCUUGCUAUUGAAAGCAUGCUCCAAAUCUGUCUGUAUGAAUAACAAAUCAGUUUUUUUUUUCAAAUACAAUGGAGUAUGUCUUCUGCACCAGAGACUCUUGAACCCGAGGAACCCCGUCUCCCAAAGAUCAGCUAUCAGUCAAACUCCUCAUUUUACACGCCGGUCAGUGAGAUCUGACACAGCACUUUGGUGAAUUAGUGCAUUAUCUUGGGUUGCAACCAACAGGCUGGUGUUCAUGUUACCUGCCCUCUCAGAUUCAUCUGUCAUUAAAGUUCUUUAUCUCGGAAUGUGACCUGGUUCAUGACUUACACUGAGAAUGGUUCCUUCUGUUUGUAUUGACUCAGUUAACAGUUGCCCUUUCACUGUGGUAUCUCUAACUGAAUCCACACCAUAAUGCACACAGAAAGCAGCAAUAAAUUAUAACAAUGUUUAACCACUGAACACACAUUAAUAAAGUAAUAAUUUCAGGAUAA